AUGGAUACUUCAUUGACACCUCUGCAACCACAGCCACAACAACAAAAUAACAGCACUACAAUAGAAAAACCUGUUAAAAUUAAGGCACCAUCACCUAUCAUAGUGGAAAAUGUUCAGAACUUGAAUAAACUCCAUAGUAUGGUGAAACAAAUCCCAAACUCCCAAAUUAAAGUCAUCAACGAUAAUAAUGUUAAAAUUAACGUUCCGGAAGGACCAGAAUAUAGAAUGCUUUCUGGAGCAUUUACAGAACAAGAGUACACUUGGUACUCGUAUGAGGACAAACAAGAUAGACCAAUUAAAAGUAGAACUUUUAGAGAGAAACAGCAAAAAAACAACGUCGUGAUUUUUGGAAUUAAACCAACUUUAAAAGAAUUGUCUGUGGAAAAUAUCUGCAACUAUCUAAAUAGUGUACUUGGCCUUCAAAGAAAACGAUCAGAUAUUAUUCACUUCUAUCAACUUGAAAAAUUAGAAAGAAGUCCCAUCAAAGUUGAAUUUGUAUCAACUUUUACAAAAAUAGACGUACUAAGAAAUACCAAGAAACUAAAGGGGAUCAAUAUUACUAUUUCUCCAGAUCUUACAAAAAGUCAACAGAAAAGAAACAAAAUUCUUAGAAACCACCUACUAGAAAUAAGACAGACAACACAGGAUCAUUGCUAUAUAAAAGGAGAAAAACUCUACAGAAAUAAUACAGCUUAUAGUGUAGAAGAUAUACAAAUCGAAGACAGCUACAAUUCUAUUGUAAUACAACAAUCAAAUAGCGCACCACAAACACCAGCAAGAGAAAAUCAUUUAUCUACAUUUAAUCAAGAUAAUAAUAAAGAAAUAAGAAAAUUGAACGAUAUUGAGGACAAAGGAGCAAAAACAGAGAAAAAAGAAGAAAAAGUAGCGGAACACAAGGAAGAACGAAAAGAGGAUAAACAGAGAAGUCAACAAAUACCGCAACAAAAUAAAGAAAAGAAAAGGAAAGAAAAACGUCUGUUACUACUAGAAGUACCAGUCAGAAAACUGGUAAUUAAAAUUUGUAAAAAUUGCUAUCAGAAUUGA